CAGAAAGGAGAGAGAGAAGAACAGAGCAGAGAGAGAGAAGAGAGAAGAGAAGAGAGAGAGAGAGUGAAGAUGAGAGAAGCACCCCUCUGGCUGGUGUUGGUCCUCUGCACUGCUCCCGGCUACAACAAUGCGUUCACCGUGAGCGAGCUGAGCAUGCACACUCUGCACAGAAACGGCUCCGUGUCCGUCACGUGUCGCCACGACGACAGCACGGCAGAGGAGAUGGACGCCAAGCUGCGGUGCGGCAGCAAAAUCGUCAUGUGUGAGGAAAAGAAGGCGAACUGCUCUCUGACGUGGGUGGACCAGGUGAGCGUGACCUUCACACUGUGGGACCUCCAGGCUGGUGCAGAGGAGCGACUGUGCUGGUGCGAGUUUGGCAGGACUGAGCCACUUCCUGUCAUCCUUGUGGAGGGGACAAAAACCAAGCUCUUCCCAGGAAGUAGGAUACCUUUCCCACCUCCUCGAGACACCAUCUGCCCCACCCUCUCCACCUCUGGCCCGGACCGCUCCGAUUCCAGAGCCCCCACAGACCCCCUGGUGUGGGUCUUGGCUGGUGCGGCCGCUCUUCUCUGCCUGUACAGCUUUGUGGUGACCAUCCUCUUCCUCAAACUCAAGGUCAGCAGAAAGGAAGUCCUGUAUGACACGCUGACAUAUAUUCCAGUGCAGGCUCGAGGCCCAAGAGGCCCAGUGCGGGGCCCGAGAGAGGUGAAUGAGGAGUACAUGGACAUGCGUGAGGUGCAGCCCAAGACUUGGCCCCGAGACCUGAACCACAACUCUCAGCACUCUACCCCAGCCAACGGCUUCCACGUCUAACCCCCAACUACACCUUCAGCUGUAUGUAGCUUCAGUCAUGUGUAAACUAAUGCACUGCUGCUGAUCCCAGACCAGUGUGUGUGCGUGUGUGUGCGUAUGUGUGUGCGUGUGUGUGUGUGUGUGUGUGUGUGUGUGUGUGUGUGUGUCUUGGGGGGCAGGCAGUCAAAUCUGCAGAUGUUGUGGAGCAGCGGCAACAUUCGCAGCUUGAUCCCUCGUUGGCCCGAGUUCAGUUCACGAACAGUCCUGCCAUCGGGAGUGCGCGUUGCUUGGGAUUAAAGCCAAUAUGCUGUAAAUACACUUGAUUCACGGUUUAUUGCUUGUAUGACAUUCUGUUGAGUGUUGACAAUAUAGUGAAAAGAUAUAACUCCUGCACACUGUCUACUUUGUAAGCAACUAUAUUUAUUAUAGCAACAUUUUGGUCACUUAUUUUCCCGAUAAUGCGACCAGUGUUCUGUACUUUAUCCCUUACUUUACUUUACUUUACUUUACUUUACGUUGGUGACCUUUGAUAUUCUUCGACGCACUUGUCUGUAAGAGGCGUGCUAAUGUGCUGUGUUGAUAAUAUGCAUUGUUUGCAUGCAUGACUAUAGUAUAGUGUGUAGUACACUGGUAGUAGUGUUGUAUUUACAACAUGUACUGUAUAUAUUCCAACUUUUUCUUAUGUAUGACUUCAAUAAAUACUUUAUUCCAAA